AUGGAUUUUAAAAAGAAUAAUAACAAAAAUAAGGGAAACGAGAAAGAUAAAGAUCAAGGUGGACAGCCAUAUGAAAUGAGAACUCGAACUUUCAACCAAGAUGUAACUCUCAGGUUGAAUAGAGAAAAUUUUAGCCUUCCAAAAAUUCAAAGAAACGGUUCAUUAAAAUACGACGAAGGGCGUGAAAUAUUUGAAGGUGAGAAUACCGAUGAUGAUACCAAAUUAAGUAAAAAGAAACAGAAAGAAGUAUUAAAUUUGAAGAAGUUGUUGGAGAAUAUGGAAAAAUAUAAUGACUUUAAUAAGAAAAGCAAUCAAGGAACAAAGAAUGCAUUAGAUGAAGAAAUGAAAAGAAUUUCUUCUAUGAUGGAUUAUUAUAAGGAUUUAAAAAGCAUGAUUGCAGCUAUCUCCAGCAGCAUAAUGGGAGAUCCAAAUACUCAAGUUGAGAAACUUGAAUUAUUAUUUUUUAUUUUUUAUGAGAGUUUGAAAAGAAAAAGGGAAAUUUUAUAUAUAAAACUUAACAAUAAUUUGUAUGAGUUAAGAAGAAUGGAUGCUGAAAUUAAACAUGAAGAUGAGAACGUAAAAUAUAUGAAUGAGAAGAACCAAGAAUCUCAUGAUGAAUAUAAUGAAGAGGCUGUUAAGAAAAAUUUUCGCUACAUAUCAAAUCUCAACAUCCUAAGUUGUAUAUCUAUAUGUACUAUAUUAAAGUCUAUUACGCCAUCAUAUAAAAUUAUUAUGAGUGAAGAGAAAAACGAAGAGAAUGAUAAUAAUGAUAAUGCUUCCCGUGGAAAUAAUAACAUGCACACGAACAACAAACCAGGGAACCCAACAAAGAAUUUUUCGAAACUAAUAGAAAAUGUGAACAAAGUAGAAAAAUUGAUAGUAAAAUUUUUUAGAAGAUUUUGUAGAUUACUCAAAGAAAAUAUAUCUACUAACCCUAUUGUAUUCGUUAAUUUGUUGUGUGAAUUGGUUGGCGUAAAUUUAUAUUUGUCUAGGGAGGAAAAUUUAUUACAAUACCUUAUAAUUUAUGGGAACCUUGCUGUAUAUAGUAAUAAGAAAUAUAACUGUAAUAUGCAUAUAUUAGGUAAUGUUAAUGAGAUUAAGAACAAAAAGAAAUUUAAGAUAUUAUGUGCAAAAUGUGUGGUUACAAUAAAAGAAAUUAUAGGAAAUGAUAGUAACUUAUUAUUCACUUUAAACUUAGUAGACAAUUUUUCUAAUAUUCUUUUUAAUAACGAAAAGAAUAUUUCCUUAAAUUUGUUAAAAGUGUUUUCUAAUAUAAAUAUAAAGGAAAAGAAGGCGAAUGCACGAACAUAUGCAAAUGAUUCAACAAAUAUACAUGGGGAUAAUAACACGGACUUAAAUGCAAAAAUGAAUAUAGGUGGCGAUAUAAAAGUAGUCGAUGUACAUGCAGAAAAAAUAUUGGAACGUUUAUUUGUAAUUUAUUUAUGUGUAUUAAAAGAAUAUGAAAAACAUCCUCCUAAAAUAUUAAAAUAUUCAUUACGUGCUAUAUCUAGAUACUCGAUGUAUAUAAAUAAAUUUAUCAUGGAUGAUAUAUUAUUUGAAAUUAAAAACCUUGCUGCAAUCAAAACCGUUUCAUCUACAAUAAGAAUUAUAUGUAUAGUCGUUUAUCUAGAAAUAUAUAAUAAGAUGAAUGAUACUAUAUAUGUUGAUUGCUCAUGGGUAGGUAAUAUAAUUUUAGAGUUAUUAGAUCUUUCUUAUAUCCCUAACUCAACUAAUUCUUCCUCAACUAAUAAAGGUACAAGAGGUAAUAAUAAUAAUGGAAAUAAGAAAUCUUCAAAUGAUAGCGAUGCUGAAUCUUUUAAUAGUGAUUUGUAUAAUUCUAUGAAAAAUGAUGCAUACAAAUAUAGUACUGAUUCAGAUGAUAUAGAAAGAAGGUUGACCAAGGGAAUAGAGAAUGAAAAACAAUUAUAUCAUAAGUAUAAAUAUAGUGUUAAGAUAAUAAAAAGUGUUGAUUUAUUGUUAAAAACGAAAAGUUUCACUAUUAAUUAUACUAACUUUAAAUCAAGUAAUAGUGAUUUAUUAUAUAAAAUAAUAUAUCAAUUAUUUAAUAUAAUGGUACAUAUGGAUUUUGAGGUUGGUAUAUUCAUUUUACAAUUUAUUAAUAGUAUAUUUAGUAAGUAUCCAUUAAUUAGGUGUAUAUGUGAAGAAGAAGGAAUUGUUGUUUCUUUUAUGGAUGAAGAUUUAUCUGUUUUCUUUCAUAAUAUUUUAUUACAUUCUAGUUUCUUCAAAGAAUUAUCAUGUGAAGCCUUAAACAUUUCCAUGAAUAAUUCAAAUGAAGAAUAUAAGAAAAUUGUUGAAAAGUUUAUUAAAGAACAAGAAGACAAUGAAAUAGAACAUAAAAUAAUAAAAUUUAGUUUAGAUGUAAAUGAUGAAGAUAUAUUAAACCAAGCACGUUUUAUGAGUUAUGAUCCUAAUGGAAGCAUAAUUUCAGAUAAGAAAAAAUAUGAAGAAAAUAAGAAAAAUGUUGAAAACAUUAUAAAACUUGAUAAAAAAUUUAAGAAAGUUUUAUAUGAACAUAGAAGAAAACCAAAGAAUCCUGUAAACACAAGUUCAAACACAAAUGAUUCAACUAAUAAUGAAUCAUCUUAUGAGUUGACUGUGAAGGAUCUUAUAUAUGUUACCUAUUCUAAAUAUGAUGAUUUAAUUAAAUGUUUUGAGAAAAAACAUAAAAAAGAUGCAACAAAGAAUUGA